UUUUUUUAUUUCUCCAAUCCCUUUCUCUUUUGAAAUGCUUGUAAAGAUCUAUGGGCAAAUCUGGUGACUUCGUCCGUCAACUAGCUAAAGCCUUCAAAUUAACUUCAUCCGGAAAAGACGCAGGAGGAGGAGAAGCAGCUGAAUUAGAGAGAAUUGCAGCUCAAGAACAUAAACAUUUCUCCUUUGAAACCCUGGUUACAGCUACCAGAGAUUUUCAUCCAGAAAACAAGCUGGGUCAAGGUGGAUUUGGUCCUGUUUACAAGGGAAGACUGAAAGAUGGAAGAGAGAUAGCUGUAAAGAAGCUUGCGAAGAGUUCUAAUCAGGGGAAGACGGAAUUCUUGAAUGAAGCUAAGUUGUUAUCUCGUGUUCAGCAUAGGAAUGUGGUGAAUUUGUUGGGUUAUUGCUUACAUGCUUCAGAGAAGCUGCUUGUGUAUGAGUAUGUUGUGAAUGAAAGCCUCGAGAAAUUUCUCUUCAAGGCCGAGAAACGACAUGUGCUAGAUUGGAAGCGGAGAUUCAUCAUAAUUUCAGGUGUUGCCAAGGGUUUGCACUACCUUCAUGAAGACGCUCACAAAAUCAUCAUUCAUCGCGACAUAAAGGCGAGUAACAUCCUAUUAGACGAUAAAUGGAUUCCAAAGAUCUCAGAUUUUGGUAUGGCCCACCUUUUCCCAGAAGAUCAGACGCAUGUGAACACUCGUGUAGCCGGUACAAAUGGGUAUAUGGCUCCUGAGUAUCAAAUGAAUGGAUGCUUAACCAUGAAGGUCGAUGUAUUCAGCUUUGGUGUCGUUGUUUUGGAAUUGUUAUGCGGGCAGAAGAACACGAGUUUCAACAUGGACCCCAAAUAUCAAAAUCUAAUUGAAUGGGUAUAUAAGACUUACAAGAAAGGAAAGGCCUUGGAGGUUGUGGACCCUAUGUUAGCGGAAACCGCUGACGCGGACCAGGUUGUCCAUUGUAUACUCAUUGGGUUGUUGUGUGUCCAAGCUGAUCCACAUAAACGACCCACUAUGAAUCGAGUGGUGGUGAUGCUUUCUAAGAGGCCAGGCACCAUUGAACAAGAACCAACAAGGCCUGGAUUACCCGGUUCAAGGUACAGAACAUCUCAAAGGUCCAACACUAGAUCAUCAGCAUCUGGAGAUGGUUCUUACUCUAGCUCGCAUACUUCUGAUUCUACGAGAAAUAGCAACACCGAUACGGGCACUACCUUUGACACGUCGUAUAAGAAAAGGUCGAUAGAUCCUCAUGGGAAACGGCCAAUUGAAGGUUAAGUUGUUAAUUUUUUUUUAUUGGGGGGUAUUCUUUCAUGUUCUUUGUGUACAUAAAUAUGUAGAUAUGAGUGUCACACAUCAGAAGAGACAUGCUCUUUUUUUUUUGUUAGAUGCAUAGAUUAUAGAGGUUUAAAGUGUCUGAAAAUAAUGUGAGUAGUUUUAACCAAUAUUAUAACAUCAUUCUUUAGUUGUCUAGAAAUGUUCAAUGAUUAAUCAUUAUUAUGGGCUAAUUUAAU